GAUUAGAAAAUGAAAACGAGGUUGUGGAUUGCAAACGAGGCAAAGGUGGAGAUUCCGGGAAAGGAGAACUUCCACAAACUAUAAACCACCCAAAAUUAUCAUGUCUGAGCCAAAGCAACUUCAGCUUCAGGUGGAGGGGCUUAGUAAUUUAAUGGCAACGCUGAAAGAACACGAAGGAAAGAGAAGAACGGUCAUGUUUAUCGGCUCAAUGAACGAGAGUGGCGAGAGUUGGUGUCCAGACUGUCGAGAAGUGGAACCAGUUGUAGAAGCUGCUUUGCAACAGGCCUCAUCUGACCUGGUGUUCAUUUUGGUUAUUGUUGGUGAUAAGCCUGAAUGGAAAUCACCUGAAAAUGAAUUCAGAAAAAGUGAGUUCAAACUCACAGAAAUUCCAACAAUUGUGGACUAUGGCACUGAUAAAAGGCUGGGAUGUGAAGACUGCAAAAUUCAGGACAAAGUGGACAAGUUCUUUUCAAACUGAAAAUGAAUGACCCAAAGCGAUCACAACAAGAACAAUCAUAGGCAGUGUGCUUGUUGCUCUGUUUGUGUGUAAUAAGUUGCGAAAUGUGAUACACUCCAAAACCCUACAGAUUUGAAACUUAACAUUUGCUCAACCUAAUUAUUACAAGUAUGUUUGCAUGAAGAAUCUAAUGUUAUUAAAUUAUGAAAAUAGAAAUUAAUGAGCUUUGCAAAUUUGGCAACAAAGAAAGGAAGGGUUGGUUUGUGGGAAGAAAAAGGUGAUCUUGCCCCUGAACAUAAAUAAGAUUUUAUUCUUUCAAGUUCAGUGCUCACUCGUGAGAUGUAACUUGGCUGAUGGAGUAAGAAAUAAGUUGAAAUUUGUCUUGAGAUGAAAGAUAAAUUAUCUGUAGCUUAAAGCAGAUAGUUGGUCUCAAGUUAUCUUCAGUCCUGUAACUAUUGGGUUAAGGUCCACAGAAUGUCACUUGGUGAGAUAGAAUGUUUGCAAUUUACAGAUGUCACAUUUUGCAGACAACGUUAUCUGUAGUAGUAUAUGAAAUAUAUUUUUCUUUUUUUAAUGAAAUUGCCAAGUAAAGGUUUAGAUAGAGACUUUCCAAUCGAUAUCUUCAGAUGUAUGUGUCUGUAAAAGUUAGUUGUGAUGUUAUGUUAUUAAAGUGAAAGCCGUGAAUAAGCUGGAAGCAGA